AUGUUCUUCUUCGUGAUUGCCAGCUUGGCAUCGGCCUCUCGGGCUUUGGCUCUGACUGUACCAAGAGACACGGGCUGGUAAGUAGUGUGGCCUCUCCAAGUGGUCAGAGUUGCUGAUCGGGUCAGUUGCUUCCAUGCGUCAGCGCCUGAUGGACCAGGUUCGACGGUCGGCCAGCUGAGCGACGGACAGAACCGCUUGAACCAGCCGGGACUGUAGGUACUCGGCUGUCUCUCAAUCGGUCUGAGAUCAGGGAUGCUGAUACCGUGUUUCCUUACAGAGACGAGGGCCAAUACUGCUUUGGAAGCAACGGAGGUGAGCGACAUCGCAGAUUCCUCCGAAUGAGUGCUGAUGAGGAACAGGAUUGACGGACUCCAAUGGCCGCGGCUGCGUCAUCACUGCCCCGACAGGUCAAUGGCAGUGCGAUGUGGGAGCGACUCCAACACCAGGCUGGUCCGUUGGCACAAAUGGCUCGCUUGCGCUGGACGACAAAACCGAGUUCUAUGCUUGUCAGUUACUCCCUGAGCCCUGGCUUCAACUGCUUCCGGUGCCACGUGAGAUGCAGUGCUCGCUAACUUGUCUCGAUGCUCGUAGGCCCGACGGGGGACAACGGCGGCUACAACGUAUACAACAAGUAAGCGUAGACCAAGGUUUGAAAGGCGGCAGCGUCCUAAUUCUUCCUGUAGACCGGUCGACAAUCAGCAAGGCUGCGUUUCUGUCUGGCUAAAGGCAGACAACUGCGCUGCACCAGCGCCCGCUCCACCAUCGCCAGCUCCCGCCCCGACACCUUCGGAGUGCCCAGCAGACCUUCCAGAUGACUUCGAAUACCCGCAUCUCAUUAUUCCCAUUGACUCGGCUCAGCCCAACACAUGCCAGGGCACCCAAUACAAUGGUAUCGCUGGGGGAACCGUCUCAUCGAUCUUCAACUUCGACAUCCCUGUUAAGGCCAAAGGCAGGACCUGCAAAGUGAAGUUCCUGUUCCCCAAGCAGGCGCAAUUGCAAACCUCUUCAUACGCCUACACCGCUCCAGGAGUUUUCCAAUUCGCGCAGCUCUCGGGCCCGGCUUCUAAUUCGACGACUUUUGCAUCGUCGCCCAAAGUCACGACUGAUUUUGGCCAGUUCGCGAUGCAGCCAGGCAAUACUUAUGAUAUUGCUUCAUUUGACUGCCCGAGCAAUGAGGUGAUUGCGAUUUGGAUGCAUGCCAUUGACGGCGCAAUCAACUACUUCCAGGACUAUAAUCCGUGCCGUAAGUGA